AUGGUUUUGUGGAAUCACCGAAGCCCUAGUCAACAGGCCACUCCAAUUUCAAGCUUUGUCUCGAUACUGAAAUAUCCAAAAGCACUUCCUAUCCACGAAAGACGCUGGCAGCUCAUUACUCGAGUUCUCGAUGCAGACGUGAUUAGAAGGAAUAUGGGCAUCUUCGUGCGCGCAAUGUUAAAGACAAAUUUCUUUACGUUCUCAGGGACAGGAUGUGAUUCAAUCCUUGUUUCUCCCGAGGUGAGAGUGGUGCUCGGUUUGGCUUCCCCUGUGACAACAAAUGCUUCCAGUUUGGCGCCAAGAUUCUACCUAACUACUGAAACAUUUCGUGCCACAGAUUAUGGGAAUCCAAGUAAUGCUCCUCGUGGAUUUCUCGGCACCGACCCACUGAACGACUUCUCCUAUAUUGAGAAUGUGAUCGCCAAGUACACAGCCAAGUACACCAAGCAGAGGAAGAAGGGAUUGAAGCCAAUGUCGCAACCCCCAAUGCCUACACAUAACAUGUCCCGGAGAUCCCAGGCUCCUUUCAAAACUGGGCACGUGUUUCUACCCGCCGAACUCAUCUUAAACAUCACAGAUUAUUUGGAAUACCACAAGGAUAUUCAAACUCUGCUUUCAGUUUUUCCGCAUUGGUACCCAAUGAUCCCGGAUAGUUGUUGGAAGCGUCGAUUCAUUGACUAUAACUGUCUAGAUGAUGACCAGUUCCCAGCAGUGGAUGCUCUGGACUGUCAACAUGUCUAUUUCAAUACUGACAGGUUGUUCCGACCUUCACUAGCAUGGGGGAGCAGGCAAUACAUCUUGAGUCAACUUGGGGAGGUAAAAGGCCGAUUCUUGCGGCAACUGAUGCGGAAUGAUUUUCACGAGUGA